CUGAGGUCGGCCGCUGGGGGCGCUGUUCUGCGCUGUUCUGCUGUUGAUAAUAAAGCGGGUUUGUCUGAUCCGGAGCUUUUCUCUGUUUUUAUUUUUGAUUUUAAUGUUCGGCGGGAUCCAGCGUUUCUCCGGCUCUAAAUAAAGAGAGAAACAGACCCAGCCAUGGCUCAGGACAAAAGCGGCUACGUUCCAAUAACCGACCACAGCCCUCAGCAGGGCUCCGGCUUCGGCCAGCCCAACCCUCCCGGCUUCGUUCUGCCGCCGCCGGAUUACGCCGGGAUGCCGGCGGGUCCCGGGGCUCCCGGAGGGCUUCCCUUUCCGACCCCCGGCGCUUUUGGACAGCCCAUGUACGGCCAGGGCGCGCCCGGAUUUCCACAAGCCCCGUUUCCACACAUGGCCCCCUACGGUCAGCCCCAGAACCAGGGACCGAGCCAGCCCUACCAGUACCACCCCAGCGAGCCGAUGAGCGAUCCGUACCAAAGCACUGAUGAACCUCCAGCCUACGAUCAUGAUGACAUCCGGAUCUCUGGGUUCGACGAUAAAGCAGUCAGACGAGCCUUCAUACGCAAGGUGUUUCUGGUUCUUACGGCUCAGCUGGUCGUCACCUUCUCCUUCGUGGCUCUUUUCACCUUCGAGAAGAACAUUAAAACAUUUGUGCAGCAGAACGUCUGGACGUAUUAUGUCUCCUAUGCUGUGUUUAUCAUCCCACUUAUCGCCAUCAGCUGCUGUGGAGAGUUCCGCCGUAAACACCCCUGGAACCUGGUGGCCCUGUCCAUCCUGACUCUCAGCAUGUCCUACAUGACUGGGAUGAUCGCCAGCUUCUACGAUACUGACACCGUCGUCAUGGCCGUCGGCAUUACUGUCGUGGUUUGCUUUACAGUGGUCAUCUUCUCUAUGCAGAGCAAGUAUGACUUCACAUCCUGUAUGGGCGUGCUGUUCGUCUGCGUCAUCGUCCUUUUUGUCUUCGGGAUCCUCUGCAUCUUCAUCAGGAACAAGAUCCUGGACAUCGUCUACGCCUCUCUGGGUGCUCUGGUCUUCACCUGCUUCUUGGCCGUGGACACUCAGCUGCUGCUGGGGAAUAAGAAGCUGUCCCUGAGCCCUGAGGAGUACGUAUUCGGAGCGCUGAACCUCUACCUGGACAUCAUCAACAUCUUCCUGUACAUCUUACAGAUCGUGGGCAGAAGCCGUAACUAAGCGGGUGGUGGGAAAAGACGGGGAAAUGAAGGUUGCGUAUAAAGAUCUGUACAAGCCUUACCCGACUCUGAUAUUCCGGGGCUGAAACUGUGUUCAUACGCAGCACUCGCUCUGUGAUUCAGGCCCGUUUGGUGCAGCUGUGCUUUGAACCCCCUUGUUAUUAUUAUAAUUAAUAUUAUUAUUUAUCUACGCUGAGCCUGAAUCACCUAAACAAUGCUAAUGCUAAUGAAUCUGAAAGAUCAAAUUAUUAAUAUUAUAUGAAGUGUGCACCAGAUCACCAGACGGUGUUCGUAAAUCACAGAGCAUCUCCCUUCUCUGACUGUAUCGCUGCUCUUUCUCUGUAAAUAUAGUUAAAACUGUUUUUUUCCUCACUUAUAUUUUAGUUUGUUUAUGUUGUGCUUUAUAAUUAUUUUCUAAUCGGAUUGAGAAAUCGUACAAGUUUAAGUUCUGAUAACUUAUCACUUUAUUUCUGUUACUAACGUUUGGGUAGUAUAUAGUAUGUUUAUGUAAACAUGUAGGGGUUUUUACAGUCCUGUGCAAAAGGUUCGGCACCCCUGUUGAAGCUUAUAUACUAUAGUAUAUAUUAUAUACCAUGAAUAUGUCACUAACAUCCAAUGAGAAUUUUAAAUUUGGCUAUUUGAAUGCUGUAGCUGCUCUAUACACUGAAUAAAUUAUUCUGGAUGAAAAGAAGCAUAUAGAGACCAAUAGACUAAUAGAAAAAAGCUUAUUCUUUAACACUAAUUUCCAUUCAAAGUUAAUUUAAAGAACAUUUUAUCUUAGAUUUUUUUCAUUGGACAGCGAAAAAGGUCUAAUUAUUAUAUUUCUCUGGGUUUAUAAAACAAAAAAACAGUCCAAAAUCAUACCAGCUUCUUUUUAUCUCAGGAUGUGUUUUUUGAUUCUUUUCCUUUUCUAAAAUAUAUUUCAUAGUACAAGUCAAAAUUUUAGACAAACCUUAAAUUCCAUGUUUUUUCAAAAACGUUAUGAUGAAACUCUGACAAACACUCCUUAUAACUUAGAACAGAGUUAAUCAAUAUAACUGCUGUAGGCUGAAUGAUUUAAGCUAUAAUAAAUACAGUAGCAGUCAAAUUUAGGACACCACUUCGCUUUUCAGUCAUUUUCGGCUGUAUUUGCAUUCUUAUAAACAUUGUAGAUUAUUAAUCAAAACGUCAAAACUAUGAAGGAACGUUUAUAUGUAGUUAACAAAAGAAGGGUUUGAAUACAAAGUAUAAAACAUUCUUGUAUUAAACUUUAAUCUAUAAUGUAGAAAAUAACGAUCUAAAAGAAUGAGAGGGUGUUUCCAGAUUUUAGACUUGCACUUGCAUAUUAUGGAAUUUGUUGGUUCUUGCAGUGUAUUUAAUAGAUAAUUUAAGCUAUUUUCCAGGUUAGUUUCAUCUAAAAGACAAGACAAAAGUUAUGACAUAAGUACUAUGUGAAAUGUAUUAAAUGAAUAGAAAUUGUGGAUUAAAAUGUGCCGGAAAAUUAGAUAAUAAUUCGAUUUUUUUUUUUUAAACGGGUGCAUAAAUCUUGGCAUAGGACUGUUUAUAUCCAUUAUUCUAUAUUUUGCUUUGUGAUUAUUUUGAUCUGACAUGCUGUUUUAGUGAGAUGAACUGCUGUAGUUUUAGAAGGUUGUUUUGCAGCCUUUUGAUUAGUAUCCUGCACUGCGCUCCACGUGACGCCGAGGAGAGUGGCAUGCCGGACCUGUAUCUGAUGGUGAUAAAAGAAGUGAAAUAAACACUUUAUUUUGGCGUCUUA